AUGGGUCCUCAUCACUCGCUACCCGCACGCCCUCCGCCAUCGACCUAUUCAGCACCACCUCCGAGACCAAACAAUGCUGGCGCAAGAGGGCAGACCAACUCGCCCAUGUUUGCUGGCUUCACACCGCGCUCCGUAGUAGCUCACGCCCCUCCCCAAGUGUCUGCUGCACCGACACACUACCCACAAGCCACUGUGAGCGCUCCACAUCAAGCAACCGCUUACCCGACCAGCAAUGCUUACAACAACUACUCGUACCCAGGCUAUGCUUCAGCUGCGCCUGCCACAUCCUAUUCAGCUGCCCCGCCGAUGAACCGCGGCGUGACUGGCACCUAUGACCCAGAGGAGGAGGCUCGGAUGGCCGAGUGGAAUAGCGCAUAUAACACAGGGGACGCGAACGCGAAGAAAGGUACCAAUGCGAACAUUGGCGCUCGAUCCGAAGCUGCAGCACCUGCAGACGCCGAGACGGGACCCUCGGUGGAUGGCAAGCGCAAGACUGUCGUCCGCGAGGGGGGUGGAAAGCAGUGGGAAGACGAGACGCUGCUCGAGUGGAACCCCUUGCACCCACGACUGUUCAUUGGAAAUCUUGCUGGCGAGGUCACAGAUGAUUCCCUUCUCAAAGCUUUCGCCAAGUACCCAUCCCUGUCCAAGGCCCGCGUCGUUCGAGACAAGAAAUCAACCAAGAGCCGAAGCUACGGCUUUGUGAGCUUCUCCGACACCGACGAUUACUUCCGCGCCGCCAAGGAGAUGCAGGGCAAGUACAUUGGCAGCCAUCCCGUGCUGAUCAAGCGAGCGACGUCCGAGGUAAAGGCCGUGACGAAGCGAGACGACAAGCAUGGCAAGAACGGAAACCAGGGAAAGUUCAACAAAAAUAAGAAUAACAAAGACAACAAAGCUGGUGCUAAUAGCACCCCUGCCGUAGUUGCGUCUCCGGCCAUGUUCAUUCCCAGGGGUGUGCAGAAGAAGGGAAAGAUGAAUGGCCCGAGGGUGCUAGGUUGA